GGCCGCCAAGGACUGAGACCUUUCUGGUUGGAAGUUGAUCGAGCAAGGGGAUUCAUUUUUCAGCAAUAAAUGACGAAGGGUAAGGUAUACUAUAGGUACUGUUUAGUUGUUCCUGCUCUGGAAAUUCGUAGUGCUUCUACGGGGCUGAACGCGAGACCUUCCUCAACAGAACCUGAAUGACCACCAAACGAGAGGAACAAAAAGUUGUUGAGGUAUGAUGACAUCAUGGCACAGCAUUUGGAGGUAACACUUCUAGGACUAGCGAAUUCACCAGCAGUGAUAAUUAUCUUACUACGACGAGAUUCAUUUUCAUGAAAGUGAAACUUGCAUUGGAACUCGCAUUGGUACCCGGUCACGGGCUUUUGAAAUUUUUUGAAGUUUUUACACGGAUUCAUAACUUCUUGGUCAUUCACAUUCGUAUACUCUCUCCCUCUUCUUCUACCCAUUCUCGUUGAGAAUACACUGACUCUUGAUAAAUUUGAUAAUCCAAUGACAAGCUCAACCUGUCCGCAUGAUCAGAGGCCGAUGACCCUACCGCAGGUGCAGGCUGCAGCGAGGUCGUUCGUUGCGGAGACUGACGGCGCCUCCUCUGACGACGAUGACGACACCGCAAGCGCCGUCUGCGUCGACAUCUACGAUCGGCCCUCGAACGAACUGCGGGCGCUGCUAGAACAGAGCGAUCUGGAGGACGAUCUCCGCCGACAGAUUGAGUUCGAACUCCAAGAGCGGCAGCAUGGGGAGGCGCUCGAGUCGGCCCUGCUAGGAGGUGCGGGGUCGCCACCGGGCCCUUGUCGGCGGCUCAGCCGGACGCUGACAACGAGAACUGACAGCACGACUAAAGGAAAUGUUGUUGUGAAUGAGGUGGGUGCGGAGAACAUCCCAAUACUAGCCGCCGAAACAUCUAACAUACACCUGCAUGAUGCGGGAUCCACCUCUGGUCAGCAGCCUCUUUCCUACAUUGACGCGACGGCUCUGCCGAAUAAUAAUAAUGCGCGUUCUGUGCUGCAUCCCGCGAGCGAGACCAAAUCGCGCGGCAAGGAUUCCGAAGUAGCUGGUAGUCAUGUCGAACCGCUUCCGCCGAUCGCGUCGGAUCCGAGGACGCCGAAUUCUGGAAGCCCAACGAAGCAGCCAGGAGGCGACCAAAGCAGAUCCAGGGGAGCGCCGCCGAAGGCUCCGUUCAAACCAACACCGGUUGCAAGUGGAGAUUUCUUUAUUUCAAGCAGCUCGGUUCCGAAAAGCAAGUCUGCUGUGUCUUCCCGGCGUGCUCCAGAUCUUGCUGCAAGGCCUGCAUGGGGUGCUUCGCGCGUUGCUCCGCACAGUGCAGGUGGAUGCAGCUCUAGACGAGGAGGGGGGUCUGAUCAGCAAACGGGCAGUACCAGGGGAGCAUGCGGAUCGAGCGCAUCCUCUUCCGCCGGUGGGAACAGUGGUUCAUCUGCUACCGCGGCAUCAGCAGGAGCAAGUGGCGCACAAGCUAGUGCGACCCGUCUUCCUCCGGCAACGCGGUCCCGUCCACGCGCGAAGACGUCGGCUUCAAUUGUGCGACCCUCAGCAAACAGUGGUCGCCCGAGCUCGGCCUCAAACCGCCACGGCUCUGCAGGUGCGAAAGCAGCAAGCAGCGGUGGUAGGUCCAGCGCAGGCCGAACUUCGACGCCAGGGCCAUCAGCUUCCGGCACUACGUCCACGAGGCAGAUUGCACCAGGCAGCGCCGGUAAAAGUGGAGGUCCUAUUUGUAUUUCUGGAUCUGGUUCAAGCAAGCUGAAUCGCGUCCCUUCUUUGACGAGGACGUCCUCUCAGCGCGCACCUGGUAGUGCGGGUGAUGCCUCCUCCGGUGGUCUUGGAUCAAAGAUAAAACCGUCCGCGUUAGCGGCUUCUUCGCUACGUGUUGAUCAAUCAGCCAAUACGAUAGAACUAGAAGAGACGUCUUCUACCAAAAAGAUCUCCACCCCUAGUAAAAACAACGCUGGGUCUGCAGCCGAAUGCGUAGGAAAGGUCCGUAUAAGACCAUCUUCAAAGACGGGCGCGGACGGUUCGGAGGCGGCUGGAGGUGACGAAGAGAGUACUACAGCCGAGGAAUCUACGAAAUCCGAGAAUGUCGACUCGUCCGAAGUGGAAGAUCAUGUAGAACAAGUCCACGCAUUGGUUGUAAAGGAAGAGCAGCAGAGCGUUCCUGAUGAAGUACCUGAGGAGCUGAGUGGAUUUUUGCAAGAUGAAGAUUCAGAUGCUGAAGCGCACAAUUAUGAGGAAAUCGUCGAAGAGUGCAUUGACCCGGGUCCUACGCCUCGUGGCAGCAGCAAAGAAGCAUCAGGAGCACCCUUGAAUGAAGAAGUUUCGGGCGCUGCAGAGGCACCAGAUGAUGCUGGAGUAAUAGAAGUGAUUCUGCACGAUGAUGUCCUUCCUUCGUUCUUUCCGGAUAUUUGUAGUAGUGCACCGGCUGCGCCCAAAGGACAAGAUGGCGUCCAAGAAAUUCCCAUAAUUCGGGAAGACGAAAUCGAAAGUCAACGAGCGGCAGAGAAGCAAUCAGCACGCAGUGACGCUGACAAUACAUCACCAGUCAAGGAUGGAAAGUCCUCAACACAAGCUUCUGCGGAUGCACUGGAACCGCUCCAAGCAGCUGAUGAGUCUGGCGCAGGGGUCAUUCGCGAUGACCCAGCACAUAAUGUAACGAGCGAUGACCACGACGCGCUCCUCCGAAAGUACAGUAGUUCUUCAUUCGAACCACCUGGAGCAAUUGACACUGACGUCGGAACGUGGCAGGACCGACCACGUGAGAGCCCCAGGUCGCGGCGAGCACGAAUAGCUGCAUUGCUCGAAGCUGAAAAGCAGCUACAGCACGCCGGAUCUUGUGACGACAAGGUGCUGCAACGAGCCCUGAAUGGCAAUGGCAGUAGUUCCGAGCUGCAAACAAAUGAUUCUCCUACAAUACCUGGCUCAAAAGUUUUGCAAAAUUCAGUUUCAAUCCCAUCCGAUGUCAAUACUAGCAGCUCAUCUGCAGGAACUUCGAGCUCACCUGCAGCUUCGAGCUCUGCGGCAGCUUUGCUGCGCCCCGUCGCCAGUCCGCCACCAAGGGGUUCCCGUAGUAUCAGCGAAGAUGGCGGCCCAGGGUCGGGGAGCCGUCUGUCGUCCUCCAAGAAGGAACAUCUCCAGCAUGCUCGGGAGGUCGCAGCUGCAACGGGUGCCUCGGGCGGUGCUAGCAGGAGUUCCAGUGGUGGCGCCGGUGGCAGUUCCUCAUCUAGUAGUAGUACGAGAGUAGGCGGCGCCCCUGGUGGAUCAGGAUCCUUCUCCGGUACUGCCGGUUCGAGGGGAACAAAUCGACCAGGCACGCAGCAUCGAUUGGAUGCGAUGGAUCUGUCGCCUGAACAGGUGGCCGCUGCGACUAGUAGCGACAUUGCGAAGCGUUAUUGC